AUGGUCGUUAACAUCACCGCCGAAGAUCCUCAACCUACCAUCCACAGCCACAUCAAUGGCACUACGGAAGAGAUCCUGGAUCGCCUUUGUGUCACCGAGCUCCUAAAGGGAUGGCCAGUAUACCGAGAUGCCUCGGAAUGGGCCCACUACCGAAACUGUUUCGCUGAACAGGCUUACAUCUUUACCACAUGGAGCGGCGGCAUGCCCAUCGACGAUUUCAUCGAAGUCUCCAAGAAGGGCCGUCGAAACGGCGACCAUAUCAUGCACCGCGAAAACGGCACGCUCGUCGAGCUGAACUCUAAGACAGGCCGUGCUGUCGGAAAAAUGAAAGCCACUAUCACCCAGCGCUUCUCAUUUGAUGGCAUUGAGUUUGAUGUUGAAUGUGACUGCCGCUUUAUUAUGUGGUGCCAGAAGGAUCCAGCCGGGUGGAAGGUCCACUACAAGCGCUUGUUCUACGAGAAGGAUAAGAUCAUGCCCGUGGAUGGCAAGCAUGUGCCUGAUUUUUCGGAGGAGGAGCUCAAGCCGUAUCCGUAUGGAUAUAGGUAUCUGGGUGCUUCUCAGGCGAGAUUAGGGCAUAAGAUUAAGUUGGAUUUGCCGACGAUGGAGGAUAAUGAUAAAUUCCGGGGCAUGUAUGAGGCUAUGGAGAAGUGGUUGAGGGGAGAGGAUAUUAAGGAGACUUUGGGGAUUCCUGUGUAG